AUGCCUGAAGAAUUACACAAGCAAGAGGUGACCUCCGGGGAAGACCCGUCCGUCACAAAACAAUACGACCACGGAACACCGAAGGAUGUACAAUGGAAAGAACUCUACGAACUCAUCGACGGCAAAAAAAUCAGCAUGCUGAACACCUACCGCACUGGCGUUGGCCUGGUUGGUCGAUCGAUGGUGGUUGCCAAACGUGCCGGGCCAGACAUCCUUUACCUUACGAACAAGAACUCGACGAAAUUCGAAGACAUUGCGAAGAACAAAGAGGUCCAAAUCACCAUUCAAGACAGCAAGACGCAAGACUGGAUUUCCAUCGCGGGAACGGUCACCACAGCAUCCAAUGACGACCCACGAAUCAAAGAACUCUACAGCCCAGGAGUCAGUGCUUGGUUUGGAGACUUGAAAGAUGGCGUACAUGAUGGGACUGCGAACGACCCUCGCAUGGCUCUCAUUGAGGUCCAAAGCAAGUACAUUGUGUACUGGAAGAAGGAAACAUCGUCGUUAGGCUUCUUGAAGGAGGUGGGAACUGCAGCAUUGACAGGCAGUGUCGCGCAGACCGGCGUUCUAAGAGAAUUGAUGGAAGAAGACAUCUCGCGUGAACGGGGCUAA